CCCAUAUAAAAGAUUACCCAUUUCAUCAGCCGUUUCUUAAAAAAAAAAAAUCGUAACAAAGCUCUUUAUUUGGAGUUAAUAAAAUUUUCUUUUGGAAAGUGAAAUGGAAAAGCGUGGUCUUGGGGUAGAGAUCAUGACAGAGCUCAGGCUCGGUCUGCCGGGUGACACAAACACUAAUUAUGCAGUGGAGAAGAAUGAGAAGAAGAGGGUGUUUUCGGAGAUUGAUCACAAACUGGAGAGCAAGAAUGAUCAAGUGGUUGGGUGGCCACCGGUGUGUUCAUACCGGAGGAAGAAUAGCUUUAAAAGUGGCGGCGAAAAGGCAAAAAUGUAUGUGAAAGUUAGCAUGGAUGGGGCUCCUUUUCUAAGGAAGAUUGAUUUGAGUAGUCACAAAGGGUAUGAUGAUCUUGCAAUGGCUCUUGAGAAGCUCUUUGGCAUAGGGGAGGAGUUGAGGGAUGAAGAGAGCUCUGAAUACGUUCCCAUCUAUGAAGACAAAGAUGGUGACUGGAUGCUUGUUGGUGAUGUUCCAUGGGAGAUGUUUACUGAAUCAUGCAAGAGAUUGAGGAUCAAGAAGAGAUCAGAAGCCAUGGGUACUAUUGAUCGCCAUACAAAAAACUUUCUCAAGGGAGCCUCAAAAGAUGGAUGAUCUCAAAAUUGCUUGUGGUUGGGAAUGGAGAACUCUAUUUAGACAAUUUUUUUUUAAUUAAUGCUAAUUUCAUAUAUGUUUGUUAUUUAUGUGAGUAAAGUACUUAGAUUGAUCUAAGAUGGGAUUAUCAGCAACACUCACUAAAGACAGUAUUGGUUGCAUUUCAUUGCCAAAUUCAUUGCCAAAUGACACUUCAUAAAAUUGUUUCAAGAUAAA